AUGAAUUCACAAAAAUGUAAAUUAUGUAAACCAGGAACAUUCAGUUUGGGUGACCGUGUUCGUUACGAAGAAUUUGAAUUAACAAAAUUACCAGAAGGUUUUUCUAUUGAAAAUUCCCCAGAUGAAUCUUUUGGGGGAAGAACAAUUAAAUGUGGAGGAGGGGGAGGUUGGAAUGUUGAAGGGAAUCAAUUACGUUAUAGUUGGACACCUUGUGUUUCUACUUUAAGUAUUUCUCUACACUUAACUAGACCCGGAUUUGCAGAAUUUCAAUAUCAAGUAUCUAGAGAAAGUAAAGGGUUAAUUCAAAUGUUACAAGUUCGGAAUGCACAAUGCCAAAGUUAUGGAAAUUCAAAAUCUUUAUUACUUUCACAACAAAAACAUUUAAAUAAAGAAAAUAAAAAUGAAAAAGUUAAUCAACAAGAAGGGGCUGAUAUUCGAGUACAAAGAUUAUCUCUUAGAAGAGGACAAAAUUUAAUUACUUGGACUGUAGCUGUAAAUCCAGUUCUUAGUUCGAGGAUGGAAAUGAUUAGAAUUAUCAGAAUUGAUAUUUCUGGACUUGCAUUUGCACCUGAAUGUUCAUCAUGUCCAGAAGGAACUUUUUCUUCUGUUCAUGGUGCUCAACAUUGUGAAGUUUGUGGAGAGAAUGAAUUUGCCCAGAAAGGGGCAACACAAUGUCAGCAAUGUCCACCAAAUAUGUGGGCAGAACCUCGAUCAGAAUUUUGUCAAAAACGUCCAUUUUGUUCUUCUCUUGAUUAUUUCCCUGUCCGUCCAUCAAUUUGUGUUAAUUCAAGUGAAGAAAAUUUAAAAAUGUUUUGGAGAAAAUUAAAUCCACAAAUUUGUAUUGACAAUGGAAUUUUAAAUACUUUACCUAAUAAAAAAGAAAAAUGUUUGCCUUGUGGGCCUGAAAUGGAAAGAAAUAAUGCCGGUUAUUGUGAAAAUUGUCCUAAAGGAUUUAUUUCUUCUGGAGAAGGUAAAUGUUCUCCUUGUCCUUCUGGAUCAAUUCCAAAUUAUGGAAUAUUUUUAACAAAUUGGGAUUCCCUUCCGCCAGGAAUUGAAUUAAAAAAAGAAUGUGAAUUCCUUUCAGCAGAAAUUCCAAAUGAAUGUCCAGUUAAUCCUUCUUGGAUAUCUUAUGGAAAUAGAUUGGAAAGUGCUACAACUAGAAUGAGAGGGGUUGCUUUGGAAAUUAAUAUUAAAUUUAAAGAUGGAUUUUCUUCCUUUUUACAUACAGGAAAAAUAACUAAUGAAAAUCCUUUGGGUAAAAUAUCAAUGGAAGUUUCUCUUCAAUGUAAAGGAAAAUGUCAAUUUUAUAUUGUUCAGAAAAUAGAAAAAGAAAAUUCCCAACAAUUUAUUUUUCCUGAAAAAGAAGAAAAUCUUCAAUUAUUAAAAAUGUUAACUGGAAGUUUUACAAAUAAUUUACUUGUAUUCCCAAUUUUAAAUUCUUUUCCAAUUCAUUUAUUAAUUGCUUUUACGAGAACUAAUGCAAUUUUGGGGAAGGAUGAAAUUAAUGAUAAAGCAAUUAUACAUUCAAUAAAUAUUACAAAUAAUGGAGAUAUUAAUACUAAUUUUUGUAUUAAAUGUCCUAUUUAUGAAAAUGAAAAAUGUAAACCAUGUCCUUCUGGGGAAUAUUUUGAUAAAAAGGUUUUUUUAAAUAUUUUGUUGUAG